AUGACUUCAAACACUUGCGUAAGAUCCCUAAUGUUAUUAUCUGACAGUUUGAAAACUUUUUAUGAUGAUAUGAAUAAAAAAGUGUCUUUAGUAUUUCAGUAGUUGCCAUCCAACGUAGUGUCCGAACAAUCAAAUUAUCUUAUCAAUUUAUUACUCCACAAAAUGAUUUCAAUGCAAACAUACAACCAGGUCUUGUAUCAUCUUAAUCAAAUAACUACUGUAAUUUCGCCAAAAUCAACUUCAGUUCAAACCACAAAAUUUUGGAACUGGAAUAUUCAUAUCAUCGAUGAUGCAAUUCCAUACGAUCGAACCUUAACAGAAAGCGUGAAAAAAUUCAAGAAUCGAAACAAUAAAGCCACAUCUUCGGAAUCUGUACUUAGAGAUAAUCGAACUGGAGACAAAUUAGAUGUUUUGCAAUCUCUUCUUUUAUAUGACAGUUCUAAAAUAAAAAAAAAUAAUGUUCUUGGCGUCAAAAUCCAUUAUCACCAUAACCCUGAGAUCAAUAGCAAUAAACUAUUCAAUGCGUGCCGUCAAAAGUUUACAUCCAGAAAUAUUUUAUAUAAUACUGCAAUUAUAAAUAACGAACAGAUUACAUCAUGUAAGCCAUCGCCAACAAAUGUACAAAUGCGAUUUUUCAAAACCGAGCGUACAGUUAAUUCAGAAGAUAUCCGAAAUCCGUCAAUUCUAAAAAGAAUUAAAAGUUGGUUCGGAUCAGAUGUUUCAAAGGAAAGUCAAUUUCGAAAAUUACUCGGAGAAGAACUGACGUUUGCUGCUUUGGAAAAAAGCAAUAAACAAAUCGAAAAAUCAAAAAAUAUUGGAAAUAAAUAUAUUAAAGUCGAUGAACUUCAAAAUAUUAAAGCAGCGUUCGUUGAAGGGUACCUAACGGGACAGGAGCAAAAAGUGCAUGGUCGGGCAUUCAAAAUUUUAAGAUUUGCUCAACACUUUGUCAUGACUUUGGUUGGUGUGGUCAUACUAAUAACAGUCUUCGCUACAACAGGUGGUACAAUGUUCAAAAUACAGUUGGGUAAUAAAAUACAAGUAGAUCCAGAGGAGAUUCAUGUAACAUUCGAUGAUGUCAAGGGAGUUGAAGAAGCAAAAUCUGAACUAAUGGAUGUAGUUGAGUUUUUGAAAAAUCCAGAAAAAUUUUCUGCUCUUGGUGGAAAAUUACCAAAAGGAGUACUUUUAGUUGGCCCUCCUGGAACUGGUAAAACAUUAUUAGCUCGCGCAGUAGCUGGGGAAGCUGGUGUUCCAUUUUUUCAUGCCGCAGGUCCUGAAUUCGAUGAAGUAUUAGUCGGCCAAGGAGCAAGACGUGUUCGAGAUUUAUUCAGAGCAGCAAAAGAAAGAUCUCCUUGUGUGAUAUUUAUUGAUGAAAUCGAUUCUGUUGGUGCCAAACGAACUAACUCGGCUUUACAUCCUUACGCCAACCAGACAAUAAAUCAACUUCUUUCGGAAAUGGAUGGAUUUCAUCAAAAUGAAGGUGUCAUUGUUCUGGGGGCAACCAAUCGACGUCAAGAUCUCGAUAAAGCUUUAUUAAGACCAGGACGUUUUGAUUCUGAAAUAGUAGUGGACGCACCAGAUUUUAUUGGACGUAGAGAAAUACUAGAACUUUAUUUAUCAAGAAUUUUAACGCGUAACAUUGAUGCAGACUUAUUAGCUAAAUGUACGAUAGGAUUUACUGGAGCUGAUAUAGAAAAUAUGAUCAAUCAAGCUGCUCUAAGAGCUGCCAUUGAAGGAGCUGAAUACGUCACAAUGGAAUACUUGGAGCGGGCAAGAGAUAAAAUAAUUAUGGGACCUGAAGGUAAAAAAAAGUUAUUAGAUGCUGAAGAAAAUCGCAUUACAGCGUAUCAUGAAAGUGGACACGCGUUAGUUGCUUACUAUACGAAAGACGCUAUGCCUUUACACAAAGUUACAAUCAUACCAAGAGGAAGAUCAAUGGGACAUACAUCAUAUAUGCCCAUCAAAGAUACGCAUUAUAGAACUAAAGCGCAAUUACUUGCUACAAUGGACUCAUGCAUGGGUGGUCGUGCUGCAGAAGAACUUAUAUUCGGACAAGAUAAAGUGACAACAGGAGCUUCCAGUGAUUUUUCGAAUGCGACCGAUAUUGCUGAAACAAUGGUAAAAAUGUAUGGUAUGUCAGAAAAAGUUGGAUUCAGAGUACACAAAGAAUCUGAAAUGGAUGGACGAAUGGCUUAUAGCGGGCUUACAAAAGAAACUAUUGAUAAUGAAGUGAAGCGUCUCUUACAAGAAUCUUAUGAAAGAGCUAAAAACAUUUUGAGAGUUCAUAGUAAAGAGCAUAAAUUAUUAGCAGAAGCCUUGUUAAAAUACGAGACUUUAGAUGCAGAUGAUGUUAAGGCUCUUAUUAGCGGAAAAAAAUUACAUUUUGAAUCGAAUUCUCAUGUGGGACAAAAACUUGUAGAUGCAUCAAGCAAAGUUAUAUUAUAGACCAAUAUAAAAUUUUUGUGAAACUCAUUUAUUAAAUUUUGUUUUACAAUAAUACAAAUUAUUUAACACAUA